AUGGACUCGCGACGACCAGAUUUGAAACGGAAGCUCGUCGUUGUUGGGGACGGAGGCUGUGGAAAGACGUGUCUGUUAAUCGUCUACGCCGAGAACCGAUUUCCAGAGGCCUAUAUACCAACAGUGUUUGAGAACUACGUGACCCAGGUGCAGUUUGAAGGCAAAUUGGUUGAGUUGGCGCUAUGGGAUACCGCGGGACAAGAGGAAUACGACCGACUACGACCGUUAUCGUACCCUGAAAGCAACGUUAUCCUCAUCGUCUUCUCCAUCGACUUUCCAACAUCACUUGCCAAUGUCCAGGACAAGUGGUAUCCCGAGGUAGCCCACUUUUGCGAAAAUACCCCGCUAAUCCUCGUGGGCACAAAGACCGAUUUGCGACGUGACGAGCAAACCAGGCGUAUGCUGAGCGCACAGGGACAAGCCCCUAUCACCCCCGAGCAAGGCGCCGCCGUUGCAAAGGAGAUCGGAGCUAAAUACAUCGAAUGCUCAGCAAAGGCUGGUACCGGCGUACAUGAAGUCUUUGAACUCGCGUUGAGGGAGAGCAUGAAGGGUCGCUGGGGGAAGAUUGUCAAUCAGAAACGAUGCGUUAUCAUCUAGGAGUCCCGCGAAGAGAAUCGACGGCGCCAAACCCGUCCUAGAGCUUUAUUUUCGUCUUUCUUGGGCUGGGGCUACUGGGAUGGGAUGGAUCUUGAUCGUCUUAUGGACUCUUCCGCGCUGCGUACUUGUAUCCCAUCUUCUUGCUUCAUCUCUUCGUUCAUGUAACACAACACAGCUCUGUUUUCGCUUUCGAUAGCAGGUACUAUUGUUCACGUUCACGCACUGGUCCCGUCUACCCCCACAAGAUAGCCUACUCGUAUAGAGGGUAAUCCGCCGCAAUAAACAUCAUAAACCGC